CGGAAUUAUUUAUUUGUACAUCAAUAUUUUGCAUCCAAUGUUAUUGCCAUCUAGUUUUAAUGCACCACGUUACCACGUAUUGUGAUAAACGUCACGUCAAUAAUUUGAAAUGUCUUCUGAAACUCCGAAAGAAAUUACGGUCAACAAAUGGGACGUUGGUUCACUAAAGUUGGCUCUUGAUGAUGCAGCCAAAGAGUUGUUCAUGAAAAAGCUUGGCUUAGUUGAAACUCACCAACUUUUUGAUGGACGAUUAGUUUUAUGCACAAUAUCUGUCUUAAUAGCAGGCUUCGGAGUAUUGUUUGAUUAUUUGUACCCACAUCCUCGCUCUCGAACGGUGCUGAUAGUCUGUAUCGUGCUUUACUUCCUGAUGUCAGCUAUGAUUACCUUAUAUGUUAUGUACGUGGAAAAGAAUGUUUUCUUCACUGGGGUCAAAGAAGAUAAGACGGGAGUCGACCCUGCGGAUGCCUGGACAGCAUCUUCAUACAUGAACAAGUAUGACCCAACGUACCAUUUUAGCUUAAGAGUGUGUGAUGGCAUUACUAAGAAAGUCAAAUUGUCUGCUGUAGAAAAGUCUGCUGCAGAGUUUUUCAAUGUUAAAGGAGAGCUCCAGAGAGAAAGGUACGAUGAGUUCUUGAGGAAUUUGGUGGCAGAUCUUUAUUGUGAUAAGAAAACUCGUUAAAAUUCAUGAUUUUAGUAGUUUGUAUAUUGUCUGUAUUUUUCGCAUGAAUAUAUUGUUUGAAAUUUGUAAAUUUAUUCUCAUAAUAAUAUUUUCGCUAUCUCUGUUAGCAC